AGCCAACUGCACGCUGACCGACCCCUCUCCAGGACGACAAUGCGACGGCAGCGGCCUCUACCCGAGAAGAAAAUUAGCGCUGCACCCAACUGGCCACAGUCCUCGGACGCAACACUUCUGUAUAACGACAAAGUUUCAGAUGCAACAAAUUGCCUCGCUGCUCAACGCGGUACAGCAGCUACUGACGAACCAAGCCACCAAUGCAGUGCAACAAGCAUCUACACUAGCCCUGAGUGCCAUGUCGCCUUUUAACCAGUUUAAUGAACAACAAGAGGAAUGGCUCGAGUGGUUGCAACAGUUUGAAGCCCACAUAAUUGCUCACAACAUAUCAGAUUCACGGAUCCCGACGAGAGCGCGGCCACAGCAGUCGCUAGGUGCCAUCACGACACCGCGGGACGACCCCAUGGAGACGGAGCCUUCGCCUCCUCCGCCUCCUUUCGUCCCACCGAUGGAGCUGGACCCACCCACACCGCAGCAGCCAAUGCCUUCUACAUCUGGUUAUGGGCCUUAGGCGGUGGACGCGCAACCUUCUGGUCGUUUUCUGGGGGACGUGUCUAGCAGAGUGCAGGCCAGAUGGCUGGGUACGAUGG